UGCCAGUCGGUAACCUCGCUAACAUGCGGGCUAAUGAUUUCCAAAUGUGUUACUAUAGCUUACUAGCUGUUAGCUUAGCUGGAGUCAUCUACUGCUAGCUAACUAUCAAAACAGUUGGGACGGCCUUCUGUGUAAUAAAGGCGUUUAAAGUGCGCCGUUCUCUUAGUAAAAUUUUGGUGGGAAUAAGUGAGGUGAUUUAUACAUCGUUAAUGGCUCAGCGCCUGUGCUGAUUGUAGCGUUAACCACAAUUAACUUCAUUUUAUUCUCGUGACAGUUGCUGUACCCGGAAUGUCACUCAUAGUUUUCCCCUCCCCCACCGGCACAGCAGCCAAUUGAAUGACUUAAACAAAAUGAUUGAAGUACCUUGCUGCCAAUAGCAACCUUACAAAAAAUAUGAUGGCUCUCUUAGCAGUAAUCGACACAGCGGGUGUCUUUUCCGGCGCAGACUGGGAUGCUGAUGCUGAGGAUCCUCGUUCAUCUGUAGAAUCACUGUAUCUAAAUGUUUCUCGACAUGUUCUAUUGUCUAAAGUUGCAGCACUGUGUUGACCUCUGUUUGGGCAGCCUACUCUUGUUUUUAGCGGGGCUGCAGCAGGUGGAAGCAGCCGCCGCCACGGAAAUGGCCAACUUGAACUGGAAGCCGUUCAUCUAUGGAGGGAUGGCCUCGAUUGUCGCAGAAUUCGGGACAUUUCCCAUUGACCUAACUAAGACCCGGCUACAGGUCCAAGGUCAGUCUCAGUACACAGAGGUGCGCUACAGAGGCAUGUUCCAUGCCCUCUUCAGGAUCGGCAAAGAAGAGGGUAUCCGUGCACUAUACUCUGGGAUUUCCCCUGCUCUUUUGAGACAGGCUUCUUACGGGACAAUCAAAAUUGGAACCUACAACUCCCUGAAGAGGCUGUUUGUCACUCGUCCAGAAGAUGAGACCAUGGUCAUCAAUGUCUUCUGUGGUGUCGUGUCUGGAGUCCUGUCCUCCUCUCUGGCCAACCCCACUGAUGUCCUUAAGAUUCGAAUGCAGGCACAGGGCAGCCUGCUCCAAGGCAGCAUGAUGUCCAACUUCAUCAACAUCUACCAGACAGAGGGCACCAGAGGGCUGUGGAGAGGUGUCAUUCCCACAGCACAGCGAGCAGCCAUUGUCGUUGGGGUGGAACUUCCUGUUUAUGACAUAACAAAGAAGCACCUCCUUCGCUCUGGCCUCAUGGGAGACACCAUUUUGGCACAUUUCAUUUCAAGUUUCACGUGUGGCUUGGCGGGAGCGCUGGCCUCUAACCCUGUAGACGUUGUCCGGACCCGUAUGAUGAAUCAGCGCGUUCUGUCAGGAAGCCCCAUAUACAAAGGAACACUGGAUGGAUUGAUGCAGACGUGGAAGAACGAAGGCUUCUUCGCUCUAUAUAAGGGAUUCUGGCCUAAUUGGCUACGACUGGGACCUUGGAACAUCAUUUUCUUCAUCACCUUCGAGCAGCUGAAGAAGCUCCCAUUUUAACACGAGCAGGAAAUGGGACUUUGCUAGACUGUGUCGGAGAUAACUGGGGUGUGAGCGCUGCAGCACCUGGAGUUUUGGCACCAGUACAUUCACACUCCCCCUUUAAAUACAGUAUCAGUAAUACAGCACACAUCAUCACCUGCACAUGUUCAUCCAAAUGUUAUACAGAUUUUUUUUUUUUUAUAUAAGAAAGUUUUUAUUUAUUGUCACUGGUUCUGUUUUCAUGCUGUUUUAAAGACUGGUACAUUGAUAAUUACUUUGACACUGCCUAGGCAGCUAAAUGUUUGGUUGUAGCUGAAGACAAAGUAGUGAAGGCUAGGUUUCUUUCCUUCAGCUAAUGGGAAAGACAGUUUAGAGCUGUGGUUUGGCUGAAUGUUGGCUUUUUUUUAAACAAUUGUUACAUCAGGAUUACUGCACAGGUCAGAAAAAAACAUUAGAAAUGAAUUUAUUAAUAAGCCUACGCACUUGAUGAUGUCAGUUCAGACAUAUGACUAUACAGUUUGUGGGGGGGGGGCAAGAAAAGAAUAUGAAAUUUGAAAGUGAGCAGUUUUUAUGGCAUAGGCACUGCAUGAACUGUGCCUAGAACAUAACCGAUUUCAAUGUCAAAUGUUCAGGAAUUGCUUGGAAGAGUUGUAGAAAUGAUAAAGUGACUGUUACAAGUAGUUCAUGUACUGACAGCCAACAGUGCAAUAUGCUUGACCACUGGGUUCACAGUGAAAGAAUGGAGGAAAUAAUGCUCAGCAGUACUCCAGAAAGUUCAGCUUUGCGUCCACUAGGCCUUCACUAGGCCUCAGGAAUUCUUCAUGCGGUUUUAAUUACACUCAAUACAUAAACUUCAGAAUGAAGUUGUACUUGAAACUGUCCAAAAUCUGAACCAAAACCCCUAAAAAAACAAAAAGUAGGCGCUCUUUUGUCUUAUUCAUUCAGAACCAAAACAGUUUUUUGUUUUCUUUUUUGAAACAUUGACUCCAGAUUAGCUGUAGAAACCUUUACCUCCAGUCAGCUGCAGGAUUAGGUGAUGAGCUGUGAGCAGACCUUGCUGCCAUAAUGAUCCAGAACUGUACAGACUGAUUCACAUGCAGGUGUGGAUGUAUUUUAUCUUCAGUAUGUCCAGAUGUACAUAUGCCUCGUUCCUGUUUUUUUUCCUUUCACCGUUGUGUCCCAGGUUUCAUGUAAAGUCAAGAAAUUAAUGAAAAACAGGCAGCUUGUGUGGAUUGAGUGUGUAAAAGAAGGCCUUUGUGCCAAAUGCAUUUCUACCAACUGGGUGAAACUUAUUUACAGAUAAUACUUUAAGGAAGUUUUGUUUACAGCUGCUCUGGGUCCCUGUAAACUUUGGUUUGCAGGAGAAAGUCAGUGGAGUUGGAAUAGAUGACUUGUCUGAAACAUAUUUGAAUUUUGUGACACAUUCUCUAAAUUCGAUCCAUGUAAAACAGAUUUUAAUAACUUGUUUUUAUUCUGUAGCUAUAAAAGAUGAUCUCCACAGUGAUGCUGCAAAAUUUUGGCAAUAGAAAAUUUCCUUCCUUCGAUUUGCACAGCACUGGAGUGUAGCCUCCACCCUAGCCGACCUUUCUCUUUGAUCCAUCUGCAUCACUGAACAUGUUUUUAAUAUCAAAUGUUACAUUUUGAAAUUAAUUUUAGUACCUUUGUUGAGCUGACAGCUUUAAAUUUCUCAACACUGGUCAUCCCGAUCACGGUCCCUCACAGAAGCAACAAACAGUGCUUUAAAUUGCUGAGAUUAGUCACACGAUUUUUGUUGUCACUUGCCAUAACACUCCCCCAUUUUUUUAAGGCAAAUGUUUUUCUCUGCCUGCCUUUAGGUCAGUAAAGUCUCUGCUUAAGUUACAGUAGUAUCACAGCAUACAGUACAGUACUGCAGUGAAAACGGAUUUGUUAUAUGGACUGAAAUGUUCUCUCAAACAUUUUGGUCUCAUCUAGUUGCAUUGAGCAGAUGGAGCAAAUUAAGAUACAGAAAAAUCUCAAUUGUUUAUCAAGCUGGUUAUAAAAGUAGUUUUUAUGCUAACCAGCAACUUGCUUAAUGUGUUCCUUGCACAUUGUUGCUUUAUUUUUUCUCCACCUUCAUUGUGUAUGCAUGUGUGAGAAAUGUAUGUGACAUCUGUUAAGUCCACACUUGAUUCAUAGCAGGGUGUAUUCACUUUAAUGUUACAUGAACUGUCAAUGUCUAAUCAUUUGAAAUAUUCCUGCAGUUUAUGUUGAUCCGAUUUGCCAUUUAAAUGAUUCAUCUAUU